AUGAGAUGGAGGGCAUUGCAAGAAGGAAGGGUGUAUGUUAAGCAAAGUUUAAACGAAAACCAACUUACCGUUGAAGAGGUUCAGGAAAUGAUUGAAAGUAAUAAUUAUCUGGCCGAUCAAGUUAUACGGUUUGGAGAAAGUUUAUGUGAAACUCGGCAGUUUUGGAACAGAAGACGGCUUGAAUUGUCGGACAUGAUUAAACAAUUGGGAUCGCAAGGACUGAUUUUCUUCACUUUUAGUGCAGCAGACUUACACUGGCCAGAGUUGCACGAGCUUAUGCCACAUAGUGAGAAUCAAAUAAGUUCAUCAUCCCAACGACGUCAAGACCUUAUUGAUAAUCCUCAUAUAGCUGCGUGGUUCUUUGAAAAUCGUUUCAAAUCUUUUUUAGAAGACGUAUUAAUUCCUAAGUGGAAUUUAGAAGAUUGGUGA